AUGAGUGAUAAAAUCCUCGGAUUCAAUAAAUCGCACGUAGCUAUGGCCGCUGGCUUGGCUGGUGCAGCAUUCAUUGGGUACUGUAUUUAUUUCGAUUAUUCACGUCGAUCGGCACCAGAUUACAAGGAAAAGAUUCGACGAAAUCGACGUGAAAAAGCGAAAGCUCGUGGCGGAGCUGCUUCUGUUGGCCGAGGUGCUGGUGCCACUCAGGUUCCCGACCCUUCAGAUCCGACAGCAAUGCAGGCUUACUUCCUACAAGAAGUGCAACUUGGCGAGGAGUUCAUGGCUAGUGGUAACGUCGAAGAGGGUGCAGUGCACAUUGCGAAUGCCAUCGCACUUUGCGGUCCAUCGCAACAAUUGCUACAGAUCUUCCAGCAGACACUACCGGCUGAACAGUACGCCGCAGUCAUCGAGCAGUUGCCGCACACUCGUGCUCGCUUGGCAGCGAUGUUCGGAGAAGCAGCGGAUCAUGCAGAAUCGCAGCCACCAACAAUGACUUACAUGGGUGACGGUCCACCUCCAGCUCAGGUAACUAGUCAUUUUUUCUUGAUUUAUUGA